CGCUCCCGGCGGGAGCGGGCGGGGAGCGAGCGGCGCCCUGCCAUUGGCUGUCCCGCCGGCGCAGUCACCGAAGGGAGCUUUGAUUGGCCUGUGGGGGGAAGCUGCUCGCUGAUUGGCUGCGCAGGCGGCGCGGGAUUCGUGAGGGCCCUGUGGCGGCGCCGCGCUCUGUCCGGCUGUCCGUCCGUGUGUUCGUGUGUCCGUCCGUGUGUCCGGCUGUCCGCCCCUCGCUCCCCGGCCGGUUCCGGGCCCGUAGGACAGCCCUGGCUGCACCGUGAGCCGCUCCCGGCGUUUCGUUCUCCCCUGGGCCUCAUCCGUGGAGCGGCUCCAUGUGAGCGGAGGGUCCGCAAUGGUUUGGAGCCUGUCAGUCAAGGGACGUCGUAAUCAUGAUUCAUUUCACCACUUUAAUCACAGAUAAUUAUGGGAUGUGCUGUUCACUGCUGUGCUGUGUCAGGAGAUGGACUGGGACCAGUUUGACUUGAACCCCAAAACAAUUGCUGCCCUGAAAAAAGCUGACAUAAAAUCAGUAAAAGAGAUUUUAAACUUGUCUGGAGCAGACUUGCAGAGAUUGAUGAAGCUCCCCAGUGCAGAUAUCCAGUGCCUGCUGAAAACAGUCUCUCACACACUGAGGAGGAACAGCAUGCUCACAGCACUUCAGCUCUACCAAGAUAAAGAUAAUUUCCCCUCCCAGCACCAGAAGCUGAGCCUGGGAUGUUCAGUGCUAGACAACUUGUUAAAAGGUGGCAUUCCUUUAGUGGGAAUCACGGAGCUUGCUGGAGAGAGUUCUGCUGGGAAGACUCAGAUUGGUUUACAGCUGUGCCUGUGUGUGCAGUAUCCUUACAAGUAUGGUGGAUUGGAGUCUGGAGCUGUCUACAUUUGUACAGAAGAUGUGUUCCCAAGCAAACGUUUGCAGCAGCUCAUAGAUCAACAGCAUAAGCUGCGUGCAGAUGUUCCAGCUGAAAUCAUACAGAAGAUCAGAUUUGGAAACAGUAUUUUUGUUGAGCAGGCAGCAGACCUGGACACCUUCCAGCAGUGCAUCACGAGGAGGCUGUCCCUGCUGCUGGCUCGGGGCAUGGUGCGCCUCGUGGUCAUCGACUCCAUGGCCGCCCUGUUCCGCAGCGAGUUCGGCCCUGCCGAGGCUGCUCUCAAGGCUCGCUACCUGCAGACCUUUGGGGCACAGCUGCACAGCUUGAGCACCAGGUUCAGGACUCCCAUUGUGUGCAUUAACCAGGUGACGGAUGCGGUGAGUGAGUCGGAAGCUGCUCAGUGCAGUUGGAGGGCAGUGGGUAGCAGAGUCACUCCAGCACUUGGAAUAACCUGGUCCAAUCAGCUGCUGAUGAGACUGAUGGUCAGGCGGGUCUCCCUGCCUGGACACUCCCCUGGAGCAGCAUCACACUGCGCUGGAAGCACGAGGACUUUAAGUGUUGUUUUUGCUCCUCAUCUCCCUCCAUCCUUUUGCUACUAUACAGUACAGUUGGAAGGUGUAAAAGGAACAAAGUAACACUUUAGCAUAGUAAAGUGUCCUGCUCCAAAAAUGUACCAGGACUGCUUCAGGAAGAAUGACCAGUGAAAUGCAAUUCUUCCUGGAUGAGAGAAAUUGAUGGUGAAGUAAACGAACAAUGGUAUGGCUACAUUUAGCCUUGUUUGCAUUGUGAAAGAUGAUUUUUUGCACUUGGAUAUUCAGCUUUUCCUUGUCAGAUGAGUGUCCUGAAGGUUCUGAAGGAAAGGGAAGCUGUGGGCAGGGGAAGGCUGCACACUAGAGUGGGAUGUAGUAAUCCCCAUGAUGGGGGAGACCUGAUGUCUAAUUUGAUUUCAAUAGCAUGCUCAUCCUGAAACAGCAUUUACUGUAGUUUUGUACCCUCUCUGUUUCCAGACCCAACAGGACUUGAAAUUCAGCCAGUUUAUGUUGCCUGCUGGUGGUGCUGGGUCUCAUGCUGCUAAUAUAAGGCUAGCUAUUUCUUGUCACAAAGCAGCUGUCCUAUUUUAAAACCAUUUGCUAUUAAGAUUUUAAAGAAAAUAAUCCAAUAAAGGUACUUUAUUUUACCA